ACGCACCGGGCAGAGCGGCUAGAGCCCUGCGGUUCCCUGCGGCCUGCAGCGCGCCGUGGUGUCGCGUGUAGUCUGCCUCGCCGCCGCGCCCUCACCCUUGCCCUCGCCCUCGCCAUCGCCAAGCCGUGCUGAUGCGGAUUCCGCCGCGGCCGAUGCACUGCUCGCAGUCCUAGCCGUGCGCGCUGUGCUGUGCGUCCCAGUCCCGCGUCUGGAACGUCUGGACGGCCUGGACGGCCUGGACACCGAGAUCGCUGCGUUCCAUACCGGUUGACCCUUCCGCCCCACUCCGCCCUUUGCUCGUGAGCUGGCUCCAACCGCGGCCGGGGACGUCCACGAGAAGCAGCCGUUCCUGCCCGCCACCGAGCCCGUGCGCCUGACGCCGGCCUGGGAGGACACGAACCUCCCCAACGACGAGCUCAACUUCAAGGGCGUCACCAUGGAGCAGGCCGACCUGGAGAUGAACCCGCCGAAAGACAGGUGGAAUUUAGUGUACCUGACCCUGCUGCUUCACGGGAUUGGCACUCUCAUGCCAUGGAACAUGUUUAUUACUCCAAAGUCGUACUUCAGUGAGUACAAGCUGGGAAAUGCAACUUCCCCAGAAGGAGAUUUCAACUAUGGUGGUGAAUUUUUAGCCUAUAUCAGCUUUGCUGCUCAGGUUCCCAAUCUUCUUUUCAACUGGCUAAAUGUUUUUGUCCAAGUUGGAGGUAGUGUUACAACUCGAGUUGUUUUCAGUAUUCUUGUCAUGGUUUUCAUAUUUGUUAUGACUGUUGUCCUGGCUAUGCUAGAUUCCUCUGAGUGGCCAGGUACCUUUUUCUGGGUCACAAUGUGCUCUGUAGUGGUUCUUAAUAUGGGCAGUGGCAUUUAUCAAAAUACUGUGUUUGGAAUGGGAGCCAAACUGCCAGCAAAAUAUACUGGUGCAAUCGUUUUGGGCUCGAAUAUUAGUGGAACAUUCACAGCUAUUAUCAGUUUUAUUUCCCUGCUCAUGGCUCCUAAUAUACGAACAGCUGCCAUCUACUAUUUCAUCACAGCACUAUUAGUUCUCUUGGCCUGUUUUGAUACCUACUUUGCUCUUCCACUGAAUCGCUUCUAUCGCUAUCAUGAGUUGAUGAGCCAAAAGGAGCUCCAACAGAAAAAGAGGGAAAACACAGGGGCCACGCCUAGAACUCCGUUCUUUGCAGUAUUUAAAAAGUGUUGGCCUCAGUGCAUCAAUGUAUUUAUGGUUUUCUUUGUGACAUUGGCAUUGUUCCCCACAGUCCAGUCUGACAUAAAACGUUCUGACCCUAACUUCUUUGUUGAGGACCGUUUCUACGAUUCUAUUCUCUGCUACCUAACUUUCAAUAUUUGUGCAAUGAUUGGCAGCUGCAUGUCAACUUGGGCUCGUUGGCCUGGCCCAAGACUUCUCACAGUUGCAGUAUGGCUACGUGUUCUGUUCAUCCCUCUGUUUGUAAUUUGCAACUAUUUGCCUCAAGGCCAAGAAAGGGUGUUCCCUGUUAUAAUUACAAAUGAUUGGGCCUAUUGGGCUCUGGGGAUUUUGAUGGGCCUUUCAUCAGGCCACUUCAGCUCUCUAGCUAUGAUGUAUUGCCCUAAGAAUGUUGAGCCUCAGAACCAAUCCAUUGCAGGCAUGCUGGGUGGUGCUUUCCUGGUGACUGGCAUUUUCAGUGGCAUCUUGUUCUCUAUGGCCGUGACCUGGUUCGUUACAAAUGUUCGCUGGAACAUUCCCUGGGAUUUCUAGAGCAAGCUUGGGUCCCUUCUGGGAUUUUGUUAAUCUCCAGAUGGGGCCUGCUGGCCAUUAGAGCCUGCAGCACUUUAGUGCGUUUCAAUAGAGAUGUAGAUCUGAAAAGUGACUCUUGACCCUCGUGUGUUGCCCUUGUAAAUAGCAUUUCUUGAAGAAUGUGUUGGACUACAUUAUUUGAUCUCUGUGUAGAACGGUGUGACCACGCAUUAUAUCUUUCUUUGAAGGAGGCGUUGGUAACUUUUCUGAUCCUACAAGUCAAAGACAGUGCAGCGGUAGCUGUUACUCCGUGUAUAUGAAGGUUUAGGAUAGUUACCAAGGAAUAAUAUAAAUCAGCAUUUUUGUCCAUUUGGACUGAGUGGUCGUGAUAUAAAACUCAAGAUUUUGUAUUGAUUGUUGAGCUUACCCAAUUGUUAACCAAAAUUUUCAGUGAAAAUUGUCAUGAUUUUUUGAUCAGACAAAAAUCAUUAUGGACAGUUAUUAGUGAAGUGAUAUAUAUUUGAGCUCAUGCAUUUCAAUUAGUGACUUGCUACAAGUUCAUGUGAAAGCGCUUGUAGUGUAAAGCUUUACCUAAUGAAGAUAUACACAUUUUUCACUCUAUUUCCAAUCAGGGACCUGUGCCUGGCAGGGUUUGUAUAAAUACAAAUGACUUGCUUAGAAUUUAUCCUUUGAUGCACAAAAGUACUGCAUCUUCCUCUUUAUAUUGUAUUUGCUUAGGGAUCAAGGUUUCAAUGGGUGUCCCCUGUUUCCUUUUUUUCCCAUUUUAAUUUUUUUUUUAAAUUUAAUCCCCACUAUCAAAGUUCUGAAAACAUCUUUCAAAGAUGAAAAUUUUGUUGGCACUGGAGACUUAAUUUUAAAGGUGAAGGAAAUCUUAACUGAAUAUUUUUUACUUCAUAUGUGAGUUCUUACAGGACUUGUAUAGAUUGCUCAAUAGCCUUUACUCACUGCCAUCAAUUCCAACAGCUAAAGAGUGAUAAAACAUCAAAAAUCUCCAGCUGUUAUAUUAAAUUGUUUUAAAAAAGUUUUUAUGACACCUCAAGCAUUUCUUUUCCCUUCAUUCUAUAUUUUGAAGUGAGGGUUUAUCUGAUCGAUCUAAAGUGUUGUGAGUAGAGGCUUUGUAUACUGCUGGUGUAUGGAAUGACACAUUUGUACUGUGAAUAAUAUACUUUGAUCUGAAAAUACGCUUCUGCUGAACUGUUCGUUCUGAUCAAAUCUUUGUUAGCACCUAUUUCCUUCCGCAACUGUUUAUAAUAGUGGUGUGCAUUCCACUGCACAAUAAAUACUGAUUGACUGAACGUUUUUUCACAUUUCGCGUUUUCACGUUUCUUCAUGCCCUCUUGGCUUCUGAAUCUUAUUGCAUAGUUUCUACAUUUCCAUCCAAGAAGUGGAUCAAAUAUCUUCUUAAAAUAUGCUGCACUGACAAUGAAAUAUGUAAGGGUCCAAUCCAUUGGUGUUGGACUUCAUAUGAGGUGUAAUGUUUUUUACUUCAUUAAAUAUUGUUAUUUGUCUUGUCUGAAUUGUUUGGAAGAAAUUGGAACUUUUUCUCUCCAUCCAAAUGGCAUAAAGUUUUAAAGCUCUUGACCUGGAUCAUGGUUUGUCAAAUGUGUACAAACCUAGUUUACCAAUAGUUGACCUUGUUUCUUAUCCAGACAUUCUGGACUGUUGUCUUCCUUAUAUUUGAUGGUGGUGUCUUCAAAUGUAUGUAUAUCUUUUAUACAAAAUUGCCCUUUCAUAUUGACUGUUCGGGAAAUUUCAAGGUUGUAAGUCUUGCUUAUCAGUCUUAUCUAAAACGGUGUCCCAUAUUCCGUAUUGUUUGUAUGUGUGUAUGAGCGUGUGUCUGUGUGAUUUGGUUUUUAAUUCUGUUAAUUUUCUUAUUUCAUAGCAUUUUAUGCUUUUUCAUUUCAUCUUCAGGUUGAAUAAGAUGUUCAUGAUAAAUAUCUAUCCUGUAUGGAUAAACAUGAAAAGACUGAACUUCAAACUUAAAUAAGUACAAUGCUUAGCCGCAACAUGUUUUGUUGACAUUAUUUGUUAUACAACAUUUGAAAGCUUUGCUAAGACCGUGUAUUUGGGGUUUUGUCUGGCAGGAUGUUUUCAUAUAUUGCAUGAUGCUGUUGAUUAAUUAACAAUUUUUUUUCUGGAUGAACCAGUGUAACAUUUUUAUUCUUGACUUUCUUAAUGAGCUUAUUUUUGACAUUUGUAUUGUUAUUGGUGUUACCCUUUCCAGAGGGCAACAUCCACAUACAGCAUAAUAAAUACCUUACAGAGGAAACAAUCUUUCUAACGGUAGCAAAUUUUUCGUAUCUUUAUCCUGAACGGUUUUUGUUAUUACUUAACUCUGGGCUUGCUCAUUCAUAUGGGUCCUCUGAACUUCAGUUUUUCAUUCAUUUAGACAUUGAAAAUUUGGCUGCCUGCUUCCAGAGAUAUUUUGUGAAUCCACAAAUAAAUCAACUUCCUUUGAAAGUUUGCCUGAAUACAAAAGGAUACAUGAGACUACUCAGUCAUUCUGUCCAAUUUGCCUGCUCUCGUAGUUUUCUGACAGUCUCACUUCAUUUUUUCCCCAACUUGACAAUAACUUCCCUUAGCUUAGAGUACAAGAUUGUGACUUUUAAGGAAUUUUCCUCAAGAAAAAUAAAUUAAGAUCUUUGCAAUUUUGUAUUAUUUUAGUCACUUCGAAGCUUUUACCAACUUGAUAAGAAAGAUCAGUCGUUGUCAUUUUACACGUUUCACAUCUGUUCUUGUUGCAUCACAAAAUAAAGCCUCCAGCAACUGUUAAUUGUAAUCAAUAUAUAUGUGUGCAUGCGUCUUGACAUUGUGUAAGGCAUAUACUUGAGAGACUAUUUUUAAAACGUGUUUUGUUGAAGAAUAUAUAGUUGCACUUAGAUGUAAAUCACAAGUUUGCUUCCUUCAUGAAAAAUUACCUGAGAUGAAAACCUGACUAUGUACCUACAACUAAGUACCUAGAUCCCAAGAUAAAGUUGGGUGUUCAUAGCUUCUAUCUGUAUGUGAAGACAAAAUUGUUAAAUGCUCUCCUUUUCAACCUGGCUUUUGAACCGGUGAAAGGCUAAGAAGCUUAUGAAUUAGUGCCUCUUAUGUAAAUAUGCAAGCAUUUUUCAAAAAUCUUCAUUUGUAAUGACCUAUGUCCAACGUAAACAUUCUCGUAUGUUACUAAAUGCUGUUUAUUACAGUACUUAUGACCGCCGUCAUCUGGAGUGGGGCUUCUGCAUUUCUAGAAUUGAAGUAGUUUCUUGUCCUCAUCUUCUGUAUGACCCUCUCCCAAAUUCUUCUUAAAAAUAGUAAAUCUGUCUAUUGUACAAGCAUUUUUAGCCCACAGAGUAACAUGUACAAAAGUUUGUUUAUAUGUUAAUUAUGAGAACCUGUUAUACCUGUGUACUUUAACAUUGGUUGCAAUUUUUUAGAAGUUUGUUAAUUCUGUUGUCCCUGAGCAAGUUUCUGACUCCAGUCUCGUGGUGUUAAUGUCCAUGUCACAAAUCUAGUUCUGUUGUGGGUUUCAUUGUAUGCCAAAAUAGGUUGUUUUAAUUAAUGAGACUGAAUUGUUGGUGUAAGCCUUACAUUUGUGAGUGUAUUACUAUUUAUUAUAGUACUGUAAAUAUGCUGGUUACAAUGAUUAACAAUAAAACAAGGUGAAAAUGA